AUGAAUGCUUAUUUCUUGAUUGGUACUUACUUUGGACCUGAUCUUAAAGGGGGGUUCCCUAAAAAGUCCAUCUUGCAGAGAAUUGCUGAGGGGCUUCCACCUUAUACUUCUGAUCAGCUAGCUGGUUCAUCACACAUGGAAAUCGUAGAGGUAGAGCGUAUUUACCGUUAUGUUCUUAGGAAGGCUGACCAAUCUGCUGUUGUAAAAUUACCUUUGUUGCUCCAAUUCUUUGAUGGUAUUCUCCCUAAAAAUGGAAACGACCCAACUGCCAACUACCCUCAGUUUCCCGAUCUCUUUCCUCCUUUACUUCAUCGCCAUUCACUGAACCAAUACCGAAACAAGAUUGUAGAAAACAUAGUAUUUGUUAACAACCCAAACAUAUUUUACAUUGACAGAGAGGAUGUUGAAAGAUUCAGGAGGUUAACCGGACUGCAUGAUGUUCUUUUGGAUGAAGAUGCUGCAAGAUUUCAUACUAUUGAUGGUGUCAUUUCACAUAGUGCAGCACCUCCAGUGGAUGAGAUUAAUGGAGGCCUUUCUCCUUCCAAAUCCUCACAAAGGAAUAGGAAAGCUAGACAUGUAGACAAGGUUCUUAAGAUGGAUGGUUCCCUUCAACAUGACAUGGCUAGUCCGGCGAUGAUAUUUCUUCCUUCGCUUCCUACUGUAUCAGAAUUGUCUAAAAUAGUAGCUGCUACUAAGAACGGAUUUGCAUUGACUGGGAGUGCAGCAGCGGGAGCUGUUGGGCCAACUGUAGGACUCGUGGACAUUGGGGAGUGCGAGGACUCUUACAUCUUUCGCAUUUCCCUUCCAGGAGUGAAGAGAGAUGAAAGUGAUUUUAGUUGUGAAGUUUCAAGUGAGGGCGAGGUAUUAAUACGCGGGGCUACUACAACGGGUGAGAAGACAGUACACAGGUACUCCCAAAUAUUCGAAAUGCAAACGCAGAAUUUAUGCCCUCCAGGGCGGUUCUCUAUCUCUUUUAAACUCCCCGGUCCAGUUGAUCCUCAACAAUUUUCUGGUAAAUUUGGCAUUGAUGGGAUUCUCGAAGGCAUUGUACUGAAAGAAAAUCUGCAGAUGAAAUGAAAAUGAUGCCUUCUAUCUAACAUUGCCUCUUAAUACUGAAACAAGUUGUUGUGUAGAGUCAAGAAUACUACUUGAUGUUUGUCAUUUUGUCAAGUAAAUAAUGUUAAUUUUACCCUUAUAGAGUCUUUGAGACUUUCCAAGUUUUACUUUUACACUAUGUUGAGAUAAAGCCCAUUUACAG